AUGGAACAUGUUUUCAACUGCAACAUCUAUGGAUGAACAAAGCAAAUUGUCAUGGUAGUAAACUGUAUUCGAGGGUAUUAGAACAAAAUAGUAAUCCCGUGUCAAUUCUUUUGACUAAAUAAACACACUCUUCAUUAUGCAGAUUGGAGCAGAACCACGGUUUGUACUUUUCUUUGAUUGCCCUGAAGAAGAGAUGGUGAAACGUGUGCUUAGCCGUAAUGAGGGUCGAGUUGAUGACAAUAUAGAUACAAUGAGGAAUCGUCUUAAAGUGUUUGAAGCUUUGAAUCUUCCCGUUAUUGAUUAUUAUGCGAAGAAGGGGAAACUUUACAGGAUCAAUGCAGUGGGAACAGCGGAUGAAAUAUUUAAGCAAGUUCGGCCAGUUUUUGAGGCUUGUGAGCUCGAGGCUAAAUGAAAGCUGUUUGAUUUGGCUGAGAACACUGUCAAGUUGACUAAAUUUUGGAUUUAGUGAGAACCCAACAUUGUUAGCAGUUGACUACAAGAUCUGUCCUAAUGUCUUGCGGCUUGUCGUGUGGGAUUUGGUAGCUCUAAACUCAUCCCCUGAAGUAUUUCAAAUUGACAUGUACACGUCCACCAUUCACAGGAGAUGGUUCUUGUUGCCUUUUUUUAUUUCCUCCUUAUAAUGCCUAACCGGCAAUAUACAGCUUAUGCGUUAUGCCCUCGAGAAAAAGGCAUACGCCUGGUGCUAAACUGUUUCUAACAACAUAGGAAUUGUUUAGAAAGCGCAGAUUAUGCGAUUUAGUACCGUAUGUUUGUAACAAUAAAUUGAAUUGUAUAUCUCGCACAAGUUUGAAUAUAUUAAUAAUAAUCG